CUCAUUGGCUCCUUCGUUCUACAGUCGCAAAGCAAACCACAACACCAAGCUUGUUCAUCACCGAACACACAACUCUCACGCGAGCUCAUCUCCACCGUCGGCCGCCCAUCUCUAUAUCGACAUCUACGACCAGUCUGAUGCUCAGACCUCUCCAAAGUGAACGCGACGUGAGCUGCUGGACGUGCUGGCUCCCAUCCAGCCCACCAUAUUCUCCCAUCGUCCCCUUGGCUUGCUGGACGUACAUUGGGGAAUGAAUAUCAGUCUUUCAGCCUACACGUCGUUAGAAACUUUGCUUCUAUUCCAAUCACUGAGAAUCCAUGGUGUAGAAGGAUCGGUCUUUGGCAAGAUCUCGGACUUGCUGAAGAAGAACCGUUACGUCCGCAGCGCAAAGGAGUAUGACGAAGCUCGACUUAGCCCAGACGCACUACGGGACCUUUAUCAGACGCUUGUUGAAGAUGAGGGAGCGAUCAAUGCCGAUGAAGGCCAUACAUCAGACAUAGGAGUAACGAACGGCGACCAUCCGAAUUCGAGGAAACGUAAAGUUCCAAUACCAAGUCUUCCUUCCGCAGUAGACGCCGCACAAAAUCCAGAUCUGAUACCUAAACUGGUCGAGAAGCUUUACUAUCGGUAUCGCUCGAGCAUCGCAGAAGAGGUCGGACGCGAAGAGCGCAAAUGGAGCACGCUGAAGCAGGAGGUGGAAGAGAUUGAGAGUGGGAAAUGGGAUCACAAGCUGAAGAUCGAAGCGACGAAUGGCCUACCGUCGAAACCAAAGGCUGAGGCUAGUUCAUCUGCCACGAAGCCGUCGGCAGCGCGUGAACGACCGAAUGCUCUGAAAUUGCAUUCUCCAGUCGCUUCAAGUGCACCUCCUUACAUUCGACCACUGCAGUCCAGUAAUGGAUCUCAACCAGUUCAAUACAACGGACGAGCAGCUGGAAAUUUAGACAUAUCACCUCACACAAAGGCCUCUUCAAGUCCUGCCCCAGCCCAGGCUGCGCAAAGCCGCCCCACGUCACAGAACAUUGCUCCCGCGGGCUCCCCUCCUGUUGCAAGGACUCCUGUCUCUCAAUACUCUCCUCCUGUCACGCACCAAUCACCCUAUGUUACACCAGUACCUCCGUCAGGAAUUUCUCAGAAUACACGCACACAGUUGGCCAAUGCCCCAGGUCUCAGCGCGCAAACUCCACCACAUAGUGCACAAUCUCUGCAUAAUCUCCAACCUUCAUCAUAUUCAGGCGAAGGACAACGACCGUUCUCUCCCUCACCAUCACGAUAUAUCUACCCACUGCCGUCCCAACAUGCUGGACCGCAAGGAUCUGCUGGGCACUCUGCUGGAGGACCAUCAUCCGUGACGCAGCCACCUGGAACUCAGCGUACACCUCAAUACCAUCCUCCUGCUUAUCCAUCACAACCGUCGACCCAGCAACGUCAACCACCCGGAUCGAAAGGAGGGGUUAUGCUCCCUCCAUUCCAAGUCACCCCCCAAACACCGCUCCAACAGCAGCAACGACAAGAUACUACCGCGAGCCCUCUUCCACCAAGACAAACGCUUCCCCGAACGCCUUCGACUGUUCCUAGUCGCUUGCCGACCCAGACAGUGGACUACACUGAAGUCAUUCGAAUACUAGGCUCGAAAACGUGGCGUCCCAACGCUGCAAGACCAAGCCCGUUGACAGCGGUGAAUACGCCCAGUAGCGAGACGAAGUGGAAGAAGGAUCUACCUACUGUCGCAACGCUUCGAUCACCGAGCGUAAGUCCCAUCAACGACCUCGCUCCACCACCUGCAUUCCCAGUACCUGGUUCCAGGCCGCGGGGACGGCCACGAAAAGUGAAACCGAAAGCAGUGGAAACUACAGUAGAAGAUGACUCACGCUCGAUUCGGAGUACGCGACGACGCGGUCGGCGUCCAAGAGGUGCAAGUGUGACCUCAUCUGCGGUUGAGAGUUCUGUACGAGGUCGGACACGGAGUCAGUCAGCAGUGUCACACGUGGAUGCAAUGUCCGUGGAUGAGAGUCACAUUGGACACGCAGUGAAGCACGAACCGAGUACUCCGGGGAUGUUAGAGGACGUCAUGCCUGGAAUAGAGAGUGCGGCCAGUGGGCUGGUGAGACGAAAUCGGAACGUGGCAACAUCAGCCAAAUCAACCAAAAGAAAGCGUGAGGCUCAAGAAGAAUCGGAGGCCGCAGAGUCUGAGGAGCCCGGCUCUCCUGGGUCGCGUCAAAUUGUGGCUCCGCGAUAUUUUCACAAGAUGAGUCAGCCACUGUUGAAUGACAUUACAUCUCACAAGUACGCAUCGCUAUUCAGUGCACCGGUCAAGGAAAAGGACGCAGCGGGAUAUAAGGACAUGAUCAAGCGGCCUCAGGAUUUGAAGUCUAUCCGAACCGCGAUCAACGUUGGUUCAAAGGUUGUUGCAGCAGCGGCAGCAUCGAUGGAUACGCCAUCAGUUGGCAGUCCCGGAGGCGGUGGUGGGAACGUGCUCCUCCCGGUGAGCGCAGAAGUGAUGCCCCCGAAAGCGAUAGUCAAUUCAGCGCAACUUGAACGCGAAUUGAUGCGGAUGUUUGCCAAUGCGGUCAUGUUCAAUACUGGGGAGGAUGGUGUAGUACAGGAUGCUCGAGACAUGUUUGAAGCCACACAACAGGCCGUGAGCAAUUGGCGUAGUGCGGAAAGGACACGGGAUGGUGAGGAGGUCGGCGCAGAAGAUGAAGGCGCAGGCCCUUCCAAGCGCCGGAAGCAGUGAAAAUGUUGGCAGCGCAGGUUCAAGCAUGCUCCUUGCACCAGAUCAAUAUAUUCUUGUUUACAUCGAUGAACUGUGAAGAUCACCGCACGUUGCGCACUCCGAAGUCGGCCGGACACUGGCAAAGACCUCGUUGUGACGGAGCAUUGACGAGCAAGAAGUCAUUAGGAGAUGGCCAUGCCGCCGCACUUGCGUAGACCCUGU